CGCAGUUCGUGCGUUUUCGGUUGAAACUGUGUGACAUCAGGUCGGUGACGGAGAAUCGGAGAGCCAGUGCGUGCUUGGAAAGAGUGCGUGCAUACUAUUCCAUAGAGGAAGGAGCGACUAGUUCGUUGACAGCGUCGAGAGCGAUUUUGGCAACAUGGGUGACGUUGUGAUUAUUCGUAAAGGAUUGUAAUUGGGAACGACCGGGAAAAUGGCAGACAGGUUGGAGUGGGUGGAGAUCAUCGAGCCACGGACGCGGGAGCGUAUGUACGCCAACCUACUGACUGGGGAAUGCGUGUGGGACCCCCCCCAGGGCGUGCGCAUCAAGAGGACGGGGGACAACCAGUGGUGGGAGCUGUUCGACCCCAACACCUCCCGCUUCUACUACUACAACGCCUCCACGCAGCGCACCGUCUGGCACCGCCCACACGCCUGUGACAUCAUCCCCCUGGCCAAGCUGCAGACGCUGAAGCAGCACACGGACGUGCCCUGCCCCGGAGGCGGGGGGACGGGGGGAGACAGAGGAGGGAGGACGUCAGCUGAUAACAGCCCCGGGAGGAGCAGCGCGGUCAGCAGGGAGGGGAGCACCUCGUCUUCGCUAGACCAGGACCUGACCACGUCAGAGAAACCGACCAAUAGAGAUGAGGCAGACAGGACCUCUCCGUUCAGGUGGAACACAGGCACUAAGGAGAGGAUGCUGAUCAAGGUGACAGACAGAGAACCCAGCUUCCUCUCUCAGCAGGGGAACGGCUACUCCCCCUGCGAGCCUCCCACCCUUGCUUCAGCCCCGGCAAUCGGCACCGCCUCCCGUACCCGCCGCUCCUCAGGAGGCUCCGCCCCCACAGACGGCCCCCCAGACGGCUCCCCCGUCCUCUACAUCGACCGCCGCCAGUCGCCCUUCCUGAAACGGGCGGAGCUCGGGGGCGGGGGUACAGGGACACACCGGCGCUCCUCGGCGGACUCUCAGCCCCCCUCCCCCCGCUAUGCCUAUGAACCCCCACUUUAUGAGGAGCCCCCUUCAGAGUACCAGCCCCCGCCCAUCUAUGAGGAACCGCCCACUGACAUGAUGCAUCACCUGGGCUCUGACUCCUCCGGGCUGUACGGCACAGGGAAGUCCCCCGCACGGGGAAAGCCCUCCUCGGGGACUCCCCUCUACCACUCCCCCAAACAGAGCCACUCCCCCUACGGCCAGCUGGUGCUGACCAGGCAGAAGUGUCCGGAGAAAAGCCAGAGUCUGGAGUACAGCCCUGCGGGGAAGGAGUACGUCAAACAACUGGUGUACGUAGAGCAGUCCUCCUCCAGCCCGCGUUUCAAGACGGCUGACCGGCUCCUUCGCUACGGCACCUCCACGGCCACGCCCUCCUCCACGGGGGGUUAUGGGGGCUCAUACGGGGGCUCCUACACCCUCCAACACAGCCAGAGUCUCAUCCGGGACCCGCGGCUGCUGCUGGACUAUGGGGGCGGUGAGGGCGGCGAGGGCCAGAGGCUGCUCUACGAGGACUCCAUGUCCUGGAGCUCCAGCCAGCACCACUCCCUCUCCCUCUCCGGGUCUACCGGAGGAGGCGGCUUCUCGCCCAGCGGCAACCGCAAGCGCAAGACACGGAAACCCUCCCUGCCGCAGGAGCUGGGGAGGGGCGGCGGCGGGGUGGAGCGGGAGGAGGGGCCAAUGUCGGGGACUCUCUCCGAGGCCGUGCUGAACCAGGCCAGGCUGGCGUGGGAGGCCCAGCAGGUGAUGAAGCAGAGGAGCAGCUGGGACUCAGCCCCGGGGGGAGGGGGCACGGCCCAGGGAGGGGGCUCGAAAGACGGGUACGAGAGCGACGGGGCCGUGCCCCUGCCCCUGCCGGGCCCGGUGGUGAGGGCGUUCAGCGAGGACGAGGCGCUGGCGCAGAGCGACGGCCACCACGGACAUUACCACUGGAAACGCAGCACCUUCGACAGACUGGGCUUCCCACAGGCUCUGCUGGAGAAGAGCCUGUCGGUUCAGACCAACCUGGCUUCACCAGAACCUUUCCUACACCCCUCACAGUCAGAGGAUCUUGGAGCAUGUGCUCAGUUUGAGGCGAGUCGGAAUGCUCGGAACAUGAUGCCGAGUGCCAGCUGUGGGGUUUUCCCAGAAUUCACCUUAAGGAAACCAUCCUCAGAGACCGACAUUGAGAACUGGGCCUCCAAACACUUCAACAAACACACACAGGGUUUAUUCCGGCGUAAGGUGUCCAUAGCAAACAUGCUGGCUUGGAGCAGUGAGCCAAUUAAGAAGCCUAUGAUUGUGACGUCGGACCGGGCAGUGAAGAGAGAGGCAGUGGAGAUCUUUAAACUCAUCCAGACCUACAUGGGAGACCGCCGCGCCAAGACUGACCCACUGACUGUGGCCUUGGAGACUGGCCCCCUGAACAUCGCCCUGGAGGUUGCAGUGCGUGGUUGGAGCAGCCAGGGCCUUCGUGAUGAGCUCUACAUCCAGCUGUGUCGUCAGACCACAGAGAACUUCCGCUACGACAGUCUAGAGAGGGGCUGGGAGCUCAUGGCUGUGUGUCUGGCCUUUUUCCCUCCCACACCCCGCUUCCACUCCUACCUGGAGGGCUACAUCUACAGACACAUGGACCCCCUCAACGAUACUAAAGUGGCUCAGCACAUCAGCGGUCUGCUGGCAAGCAGGGCGGAGAGUCGGGCCAAACUGAUGCGUUGGCGUCGCCAGGGGAGGGAGGAGGCAGGGCCAGUGGAGGGAGUGGCGAUUAGCGGUUAUGCCAAAUACUGUUACCGCAAACUGCAGAAGGCUGCUCUGACCGGAGCUAAGAAGGGGUUGCAGAAGCCGUGUAUGGAGGAGAUCAAACACGCCAGGAAUGCCAUAUUCAGUCCCUCCAUGUUUGGCUCCUCCCUGGAGGAAGUGAUGUCACUGCAGAAGGAGCGUUACCCCGAUAGCCAGCUGCCCUGGGUCCAGACCCGCCUCUCAGAGGAGGUCCUGGGACUCAACGGAGACCAGACAGAGGGCAUCUUCAGGGUUCCAGGUGACAUUGAUGAGGUCAAUGCCCUCAAGCUGCAGGUGGACCAAUGGAAGAUCCCCACAGGUCUGGAGGACCCACACAUCCCAGCCUCUCUGUUGAAGUUGUGGUACAGGGAGCUGGAGGAGCCUUUGAUCCCUCAUGAGUUCUACGAGGAGUGUAUCACUCACUAUGACGACCCGGAAGCUGCUGUCAACGUGGUCAUGGGCCUGCCGCACAUCAACAAACUGGUGCUCUGCUACCUCAUCCGUUUUCUACAGGUGUUUGGCCAGCCCGCCAACGUGGCGAUCACCAAGAUGGACGUGAACAACCUGGCCAUGGUGAUGGCUCCCAACUGCCUCCGCUGCCAGUCAGAUGACCCGCGCAUUAUCUUCGAGAACACCCGGAAAGAGAUGUCCUUCAUCCGCGUGCUCAUCCAGCGCCUCGAUACCAGCUUCAUGGACGGCCUUCUAUAGCCCCCCACUUUCAACUACUCUAGCCUGAAAUAACCACACGGGACGCCCCCCCCCCCUCCCCCGUAAACCCCCACAAAAAACUCUCACUUGAACCCAAGAUUCUGCUUCGCCCCCCCAGACUCUGCUUCAGUCCCCAAAUCCCUGCUCCAGUACCCCAGACCCUGCUCCAGUACCCCAGACCCUGCUCCAGUCCCCUAAACCCUGUUCCAGUCCCCUGAACCCUGUUCCAGCCCCUAAAACCCUGCUCUAGCCCCCCAGACCCUGCUCCAGUCCCCUAAACCCUGCUCCAGCCCCUAAACCCUGAUCCAGUCCCCCAGACUCUGCUCCAGUCCCCAAAACUCUGCUCCAGUCCUCCAGACUCUGCUCCAUUCCCCAGACUCUGCUCCAUUCCCCAGACUCUGCUCCAGUCCCCAAAACCCUCCUCCAGUCCCCUAAACCCGGCUCCAUACCUUCAGUCACAACAUCUAAUCCCAAAACAUCCAUCCACAGAGGACAGGAGUACCCUGUACCCCCCACCCCAAAGGAGCCCCUGUCCACUCUGAACCCUGAUCUCAAAGCCCACCCAUCACAGGGACUCACGUUACACACAAAAACAGAUGUAAAGGGUAACAACUACUUACAUGGAGAUAUUAUCACAUGUAUAUUCACUGACUGAAAUAUUCACUUUACUCGGCCACUCUUGUAUAGUACACAUCCAUUGAAACAUUAUUAAAGCUUACUGACCCAUGGCUAACUAACACUGUACAACAUUUAUAGGAUCAACCUUCAUUAUUGAGAUCUUGAAAACUUGACACUGACUCAUACACACACCCCUAAAUGACAAAAUGAUGAAGACACGCAUAGCCAGUCCUGGCCAAACAGCUGUCACACUAACGUGUUCUGGUUCUGUCCACUUGCCGUUCCCCACUUGCCGUUUCCUCUCUCCCUACGCCAACCAAUCAGUUUUGCUUCUCCUUUUUCUGUUUUGUUUUUGAGUUCUGGAAUAAGGGAAGCAGUCUAAUCAGCUUGAAGGCCUGUCAGUUCAUCUGCAAUCACAAAUCAACGGAUGUCUUUCUCAUGUUGUAAUUUGAACGGCGGGGGGCAGAUCCAGACCAGUUUCUAACAGGGAUCACUGCAUCACUGCCAUUCAAACAUGUCUGUCACAACAGGAAGACAUCUUUCCACAGGACUUCCUGUGAGACAUUUAAGACAUACUGAUUGACCCCCGACUCCCACAUCCACCUGGUCCAUAGUUCCUCCGGCCCCCUCUUCCCACUGCCCUCACCAUACAACCACACAACUCCUCCCCCUACAGUCACCUCUACUCAUCUACCCUCAACGGAUCCUCAAGACCACACACUAACAACUCUCUACUCUCAUUUCUCCAUGUCCGUCUGUCCACUUCUGUCUGUCUGAGACGGUCUGUCAGUUGUUUACAAAUGUACAUGUCUGUCAUUGUCUACAUGUCAGAAGAUUCUUCCUCUGUUUUGGACCCUUACAAAAGUAAUGUAUUAGCUGAUCUGAUUUGGUAUGGAUUAAAAAUAAAUUGUUUCAUUAAUUUGUUGUAUUUAACAGAGUUUUAAUGUUUUUAACACACUUUUAUAUUAUUUUAUUUAUUUGUUAUUUAUUUCAGCAAUAUUUCCUCAAUGCCUUCUUAGACAAUAUACUUUAUAAUUCAGAAUGUCUGUUUCUUUUUCCCUAAUGGAACACUAUUCUCUCUGUAGUGCACUACAUUGGGACUAGACAAUAUAAGGGAAUAGACUGCCAUUUCAGGUGCAAAUUGUCUUUAUGUCCGAGUAAAUGUUUGUGUAUGUGCAGGUCUGUAUGUAUGUGUGUGUAUUUGUGUAUGUGUAUAUGAA